AUGUCUGAGCGCAAAGUCCUUCAGAAAUACUACCCCCCGGACUUUGAUCCCCGACAGAUUGUCGGUCGCCGGGGUCCGAAGCAAACCGGCCCGAGAAUCCAGACGGUCCGCCUCAUGGCGCCCUUCAACAUGAAGUGCCUGACGUGCGGCGAGUUCAUCUACCGCGGGCGCAAGUUCAACUCGCGCAAGGUGACGGACCAGUCGCACCGCUACCUCAAUAUCCAAAUCUUCUCCUUCCACAUCAAGUGCACGCGCUGCAGCGCCGAAAUCACCUUUCGCACGGAUCCCAAGAGCAACGACUACGCCAUGGUCAGCGGCGCCGUGCGCAACAUGGAGCCCUGGCGCGACCGCGCCGCCGAGGACGAGUCCCUGGAGGACCGCCUCGACCGCCUCGAGCGCGAGGAGGCGGAAGCCGCGGGCGAGGAGGAGAAGAACGCCAUGGAGGAGCUGGAAGCCAAGAACGCGGACGCGCGCCGCGAAAUGGCGGCCGCGGACGCGCUGGACGAGAUCCGCCAGCGCAACGCCAGGGUGCACCGCUCGGAGAAAAACGGCGUCGACUUUGCGGACGUGAUUGUGAGAGACGAGGACGAGGAGCGCAAGAGGCAGGACGAGGAGGACGAGGAGGCGGCGCGGAGGGCGUUUGCGAGGGCGCCAACCUAUAGGACGGAGGAGCAGCCGGCGGUGCUAGAUACAGUCACAGAGGAGGAUGGGACGCUGGCGGUGGAGAGUCCGGCGGAUGUCAAGAGCACCUCAACGGUGAAAAGCGCGCCGGUUGCUACGGUGGUGAGCGAGAUGCCGCCGCCAGCGGUGCCGGUACCGUCGUUCAAGAGGACGGUGAAGAAAAAGAAGGAUCACUCGGCGUUGCUGGGCAUCAAGAAGAAGCCAUCUUUGGUAUAA